CACAAAAAAUAAAAAAGUGCAAGGAAGCGCGGGGAUCCCACCGCUAUCUUCCAGCCACCUGUCCAUCAUUGGAUCCAUUCCAACCUCAAAUAAACCCCUUUUUUCCUAAAAAAUCAACCCCCAAAAUUAUUUGUGGCUCAGAUUCAUCCUCUCUUCUUCCUUCUUCUUCUUCCUUCAUUCCGGUCAAUCAACUCACCAGAUUUGCCCAUACCCAGUUAGUUCAUGCUGAUCAGCUUCAAGAUCCUAACUUCAACAGUAGUUCAACCUAUGAUAAGUAUUGGCACCAUCAAGCUCAUUUUGGUAUCACUUCUACUACUAUAGUUUCAGGGUUAUGUUAUCAGGUUACUUUGAGUAAAUCAAGUGGUGAGGUGGAAUUGGAUGUUGAGAGGGAUGAAAGAAGGGUUUUGUGUGCCCUAGUUGUUGCCCUAAAUGGACUCCAACUCCUCUGCUGCCUCUGGGGAGACACUCAACAUCAAGACGAGAAAGCCUUAUACGAUUACAAAACAACGUGAACGAUGGACGGAAGACGAGCAUAAUAGGUUUUUAGAAGCCUUGAAACUGUAUGGGCGCGCUUGGCAACGGAUAGAAGAACACAUAGGAACGAAGACAGCAGUGCAAAUCAGAAGUCAUGCGCAGAAGUUCUUCACAAAGUUGGAAAAGGAGGCUGUUGCUAAAGGAAUUCCAAUAGGACAAGCUCUUGACAUGGAAAUUCCUCCUCCACGCCCUAAAAGGAAACCUAAUUAUCCUUAUCCUAGAAAAACCGACCCGAAAACUCAUACACAGCCGGCACAAAAAGACGAGAAACAAGCAACAACUUUAGUUUCUUCCCUAAAAUUACUGGACCUCGAGGCAAAACCUCUCUCUGAGAAAACAAGCCACAAUGAGAAACUAGACAAUGAAAAAACAGAUGAGGAAAUUCUAACUGGUACUACCGAAGACCCUCAAGAAGCUCGAAAUGAAUCUUACAUCACCAUUGAAACUCAAAAGCAUCAAGAACUGGAUCAAGAUGGCGUUAAGCACACAAACAUUACAUCUAACAUCUCAUUAUCUGAUAUACAGGGUGUGCGAACCUGCCCGAGGCAUGUUCCGGUACAAGUUGUAGAUGUAAAUCAAGGAAUUAUGGCGAAAACUAGCGGUCCCACAGAGACGUCACUUCAUGAAUCAAAUGUUAAUAACUUAGGAGAAGUUUUCGAACACCCCAACCCUAACCAAUCAGCAGGUUCCGAAACUAGUGGCCAUCGUAACAGUGCUACUUUCCAUCCUCUUUUCAAUCCAGUUAGUGAUAAUCACGAGAGUUAUAGAUCGUUUCUCCAUUUUUCGUCUGCAAUCCCGGGCCCCAUUGUUUCAUCUUUGCUACAGAAUCCCACAGCCCAUGCAGCCGCAAGCUUUGCAGCUAAAUUCUGGCAUCCGGUGAAUACCGAAGCUUCUUCUGCAGAUUCGUACUCAAGAGAUCAGUUAAACGCUGAAACCGUUACUCCUAGCAUGGCAGCCAUUGCUGCAGCUACUGUAGCAGCUGCAACCGCGUGGUGGUCGGCUAUUGGUCUGCUUCCAGUUUGUACUCCGUUUUACCAAGGAGGUUAUUCUGGUACGUUCGGGAUGCCAGGAGACGGGAAUCUAGCCGAUGGACAAGAUAAGGCUCCGUCGGAAUGUGCGUUACAAGAAGAGAAGAUGGAUGCGGAAAAGACCGAAUCUGCUGCGGAUGCUGCGGAUCUUUCUUCUUCUGAAGACUCUGAAAAGAAAUUAGCUAGUGAAGUUAGUCCUGUUGACAUUAAGGAAACGGUGCCGGUAGCAGAUUCAAGCAAGUUGACUAACGGUGGAAAGCAAGUUGACCGGUCGUCUUGUGGUUCUAACACCACUUCCAGUAGUGAAAUUGAGACGAGUGUUUUAGAGAAGCAUGGGAAAGAAACGGAAGAAACUCAAGCGUUAGAUGCUAAAGAGCCCGUUUCCCGUAGGGGUAGAAGCACUAUUAUGCCUAACGAAUCAUGGAAGGAGGUCUCUGAAGAGGGGCGGCUUGCUUUUCAAGCACUCUUCUCGAGAGAAGUACUGCCGCAAAGCUUUUCCGACACUCAUACAGUAGCUGAGAAGGAUCAACUGAAUAUGGUCAACAAUAGCGAGUUGGACCUGAACAGAACGAGUCAAGAACCAGUGGAGAGGUAUAGCAAUGGUUUUGCAGUAACGCGACUGGGGAGUGUGAAGUUGAAUCAUCAUCAUCGUACAGGGUUCAAACCGUACAAGAGGUGUUCAAUCGAGGCUAAAGAAAGCAGCAAGAUUGCGAGCGCAGCAGCAUCUACGGGUAAUCAGAAUGAUGAAAAAGGUCCGAAGAGAAUGCGUGUGGCGGCAGAAGCGUCAACUUGACUGAUACAAGAAGGUACUGUGUGUUGUAUAUUAUGUUGUUAGCAUAGUCCUAAAGCUCACGAAACUGUCGUGUAGUUUGUGGUGGAACCGUAGAUUAUGCUGAAUGUAUUGAGAUUAAUUCUCUUAUUCUUCCUAAAUACUCUGAACUUUUAGAAAUGCAUUUUUGAGCAUCAACUUUUAAUUAAAAUGAUGACCAAUCUUGCAUUAUGUGCUUU